AAGGAAGUGUCUGUGCCCUUUUAUUUUCUAGAAAACCCUUGAUAUAAGUGAUUCAGAAAACAUCAAAAGAGGCGGUGCUGGUGAAACUAGAGAAGCAGGAAUACAGGAAGAGAUCAGUUUAAUCUCAAUGAGGAUCCCUCCUCCUCUCUACCAGUCAGGAAGGUUGUGAGCACUUUGCAGGCACAGGACGUGCGCUGAGAUCAGAGACUUUUUGUGCCCUCUAUGCAGAGGGGAGAGAGCGUCUGGGAUCUCCCCUGAGGUGCAUCACCACUUCCCUGCAUUCUUGCGGAGGGAAAGGAGGAAACUGAUUACACAGAUAUCCUGGAAAUUGCCAUGAAGCAGGACAAAGUUGGCCGAUAUCCUAGCGUCGGUGAUUACAGAUCUGAGUGUUUCGGAGUUGCAUAUCACUCGGUUUGCUUUGUAUGGCGAUUUGCUGACAGUACUGGGAUUCGGGGGCCAUGGGAGGCGUUUUGGGCGACCUCAAGGGACAACCAGAGAUCGCAAUCCAGGACCGCUGGACACCCCGCAAGAGAGCAGGACGCAAUGAACCUUUGAAGAAAGAACGACCUAGAUGGAAAAGUGACUAUCCUAUGACAGACGGACAGUUACGCAGCAAGCGAGAUGAGUUUUGGGACACCGCUCCAGCAUUUGAGGGUCGCAAGGAGAUAUGGGAUGCCCUAAAAGCUGCAGCUUAUGCGGUUGAAGCCAACGAUCAUGAGCUGGCUCAGGCUAUUGUGGAUGGAGCAAAUAUCAUUUUACCACAUGGAUCUCUGACGGAAUGUUAUGAUGAACUUGGAACACGUUACCAGCUUCCUGUUUAUUGCUUGGCACCACCUGUCAACCUCAUAAUGGAAAGAUGUGAUGAAGAGGGAUUAGAUGCUCCUGACCCAACCUCUAAUAACAGAAGGGAAUUCCAACUUAAGGUCCGUCUCUCCACUGGGAAGGAUGUAAAGCUCAAUGCAAGUAUGGGUGACACCAUAGGCCAACUGAAAAAACAACUGUAUUGUGUGGAAAACAUUGAACCUGGUUGGCAGCGUUGGUUCUUUUCUGGGAAACUUCUGACAGACAGAAUAAAACUACAAGAGACUAAGAUUCAGAAGGAUUAUGUGGUACAAGUUAUAGUUAACCAACCACUAGAAACAAAAAACUGAACUAACCUAAAACCUAUGGAAUAUGAAUGUCUAUGGAAAUAUAAGUACAAUAGGAAGGUGGUCAAAGGCUGGCUGCUAGUUCCUUAUUUCCUUUUGGCCUUCACCUUCUAAAGUAUCAUCUCUUGCGAUUUAUUUUUUUGGAGGAGAGAUGAAUGUGAAUACAAGAUGCUGCACUAUUUGAUCUGCUGCAUAUUGAUUGCACACUAGAUUCACUCAUAUUUAGUUUUUUUGUUUUUAAUGUUUGAACCGAUUUGGCUUACAUAUACAGAUCCAAAGUUCUAACAAACAUUUACAAAAAAUAAAAAAAAUCAUUUAACAGCUUGUGAGACUACUUAUACGUUCAGUAACUGUAGUACUGAAACUGAGAAACCAGGUAAAAAGGGACAAAGUCACUUUUUAUACACUUCUUUUUGUUUUUCUUUUUUUUUCCUUAUAUAUAAAUAUAUAUUUUGUAAUGAUGGGCACGUUUCCUUUGACAAGUGCCAGUCAUGUCUGAUGUAUAAUUUAUGUGGUCUAGUUGUGUUGCGCUAAGUAGGCUACAGCAGUGAGGAUGUGGUAUUUAUCUUUGAAAAGUUCCUAUCCUUAUAUAUUACUCCUGAAAUAAAGAUCUGUGACACUGGGUUAUUAUAGUUCUGCCAUAAAGCAAUAUCCCAUCAGUAAUUCUUGCACCAUGCAGAGAUAACAGGCUGGGGGGGACCCAGAUGUGUCUAUUGUAAAAUCCAUAUCUGGUUAUUUACUUCUGUAUAAAGAAAUCGUAAUGCAUCAUACUCAAGUUGCAGGGUCUGAAUUCAAAUGUCUAUUUUUCCAUGGAGGCCUUCUUGCCGUUGCAUAUUUGAAAGGUGGCACAUACAUAUGAUGACACACACAGGGGCUGGAAAAUCUAGUAUAUCAUUGAGACGUAAAAUAUACUAAUGUACUCUAUUACAAAAUUACAUUUAAAGUAUUUUGUUCAUUUGUUGUAUUUAAAAUGAAAAUGUUUUAAAGGGAUGGUGCGGUGACGGGAAAGACAUAACGUUUGUAGCGCAUAUCACUGUUUGUUUUCUUAGAGCUGAGGGAGAUGCCCAUUUCAGCCAGUGAAAAAUGUCCAUAGGGAUGAAUUGUGCACAAAUAGUUAAAUAUAAGGUUGGGACAGACCACAAAAAAUAGCAUUCAAAGUCAAAACAAAUGUAAUGGUUAACCAUAAACAAAGCAUAAUAUGCUUUACAUAGGUGUUAUAUAAAAGGGAUAGUCUAGUCAAAAUUAAACUUUCAUGGCUCAGCAUGCAAUUUUAAGCAACUUUCUAAUUUACUCCUAUUAUCAAUUUUUUUUAUUUUGUUCUCUGUAUCUUUAUUUGAAUGUAUAAUAGCUUAGGAGCCAAUCCAUUUUUAGUUCAGCACUUGCUGAUUAUUGGCUACAUUUAGACACUAAUCAGAAAGUGCUGAACCAAAGAUGGGCGCCGGCUCCUAUGCUUACAUUCCUGCUUUUUCAAUUAAAGAUACCAAGAGAAUUUAGAAAAAUUGAUAAUAAGAGUAAAUUAGAAAGUUGCAUAAAAUUGUCUGCCCUAUCUGAAUCUUGAAACUUUGAUUUUGUCUAGACUUUUCCUUUAACUUGAAAUAUUAAACUAAAUUGAAUGCUGUAGUGUGAAAAUAAAUUGUAAAAUGUAACUUCUUUGGGGAUGAAAAUUGGUUUUGCAGUGGCUAAGUUAUGUAAUAACACAAAUUAUAUUAAAUUAAAAGAAACCUAAUAAUGGAGACCUGUAUACACACAUAUGUAGAGAAAUAUCAUUAUACUUUUACAGACAAAUUAGGAUUCUUAUUAUAUUGAGUACAUUAGUAUACUGUUACAAAUUUUUAAUAAUUUGUUGCAUAUAUAGAAUAUAAAUACAAACAUUUUCUACAUAUUUUCAGUGAAUAUCAAAUAUAUGUAGUCUCCUGCAAAUACAAAAAACUACACUGAUAAAAGCUGUGAAAUUACGAAGACUGGUUGUCUUGCCUCAUGGAAAAAAAAUAUGACAAUAAAUAAAUGAAUAAAAGGCCUGAAUAACUGGGUAAAUUAUAGGAAAAAAAGGCAUAACUAUGUAUGAUAAGGUUUGAUUAUGCAGCUUUUUCAUAUCAACUGCUGCCUUGCGUUGCAGAAAGCUAUUGAAAUACACCAUAUUAAAGAUCCUUUUAAUAUGCUUUUUUUUUUUUUUUUUUAAGUAUCAUAACUUUAUUUGUAAGUAGAUCCAGUUCUCAACCUUUUGUAUUGCAUUUUAAUUGAAUGAUAGAUUAUAAUAUGCAAUAAAUUCUCCUAUGUAUUGUGUGGUUGCACCAUGAGUUUAUAGGUGUGGAUUAGGUAGACUGUUGGCAGAGACUAGCUGCUUUUACUUAAAUUAAAAAAAGUUAUUUUUGUUAACAUCCGGUGUCUUAGUAAUUAUGUGCAAAUGCAUAAAUUAUUAUACUGUUAUUUUUCUAUGUAUUUCAUUGUUGAUUGUGUAAUUAGCAAUGUCUCUUUAUUGUUAACAGGAUAUACUUGAAAAUGAGAUGUUUAUCUUGGGUAUCUUUCCUGGUUAAUAUAUUUGUAAAUAAAUCAAAUAAUUGGAAA